UGCUCUGAUACGUCACAAUAGUCAGCACCCGCCAGGCCGCCACCAUCGCCUCGCCGUCGCCUCCGCCUCGUCCACACCGAAUCGAGAGAGGCCAACACGGCAACAUUCGCACGGAGAAGAGGCAAGGAGACAGAGCGACCAAGCGUCGUAGCCCUAGCAGCUCCAAUGGCGGACACCGACGACGCGCCGCCGGCCCCGGCCGUGCACCGCCGCCCACCGCGCCCCGCCCGCGGUGCUGCCGCUGCCCAGGGCUUCGCGGCCAAGUUGCGCCGACGGCUCAGCUCCGGCGCCGCGGCGGCGGCGCGCGCCAGCUUCGCGGCAGACUCCGGGGACGAGUCCGGCCCCGGGGAGCCCUCUUCGUCCCGCCGCCGCGACAACGGCGGGGACGCCUCGUCCGCCGCCGACGGCGGCCGGGGCGGGGCAGGGGACUUCUCCGCUUUCACGUUCCGCGCCGCGGCGCCUGUCCACCGGAAAGCCAAGGAGAGCCCCCUCAGCUCCGACGCUAUCUUCAAGCAGAGUCAUGCAGGCCUUUUCAACCUAUGUAUUGUUGUUCUGGUUGCAGUGAAUAGCAGGCUCAUUAUUGAGAACCUGAUGAAGUAUGGCUUAUUAAUAAGGUCUGGCUUUUGGUUUAAUGCUACAUCAUUGCGAGACUGGCCACUGCUAAUGUGUUGCCUUAGUCUACCUGUGUUUCCCCUUGGUGCAUUUGCAGUUGAAAAGUUGGCAUUCAACAAUCUCAUUACUGAUGCUGCCGCUACCUGUUUUCACAUCUUUCUUACAACACUUGAAAUUGUAUAUCCAGUGCUUGUGAUUCUUAAGUGUGAUUCUGCAGUUUUAUCAGGCUUUGUGUUGAUGUUUAUUGCCUGCAUUGUUUGGCUGAAGCUUGUAUCUUUUGCACAUACAAACCAUGAUAUAAGAAAACUGAUCACAAGCGGCAAGAAGGUUGAUAAUGAACUGACCGUGGCUGACAUAGAUAAUUUACAAGCUCCAACUCUUGGGAGUCUAACAUACUUCAUGAUGGCUCCGACACUCUGUUAUCAGCCAAGUUAUCCUCGAACACCUUAUGUUAGAAAAGGUUGGCUGGUUCGUCAAGUUAUUCUAUACUUGAUAUUUACUGGUCUCCAAGGAUUCAUUAUUGAGCAAUACAUAAAUCCUAUUGUUGUGAACUCUCAACAUCCAUUGAAGGGAGGAUUACUGAAUGCUGUAGAGACUGUUUUGAAGCUCUCAUUACCAAAUGUCUACCUGUGGCUUUGCAUGUUCUAUUGCCUUUUCCAUCUAUGGUUAAACAUACUUGCUGAGAUUCUUCGAUUUGGUGACCGUGAAUUCUACAAAGACUGGUGGAAUGCAAAAACAAUUGAUGAGUACUGGAGAAAAUGGAACAUGCCUGUGCAUAAAUGGAUGCUUCGUCAUAUAUAUUUUCCUUGCAUACGAAAUGGUAUAUCAAAGGAAGUUGCUGCUUUUAUAGCGUUCUUUGUUUCUGCUGUAUUUCAUGAGUUAUGUGUUGCUGUUCCCUGCCACAUACUCAAGUUCUGGGCUUUCUUAGGAAUCAUGCUUCAGAUUCCCCUCAUCAUACUGACAUCAUACCUCAAAAAUAAAUUCAAUGACACAAUGGUUGGCAAUAUGAUCUUUUGGUUCUUUUUCUGCAUUUACGGGCAGCCAAUGUGCGUUCUAUUGUAUUACCAUGAUGUGAUGAACCGGACUGAGAAGACAAAAUAACCUUCUGUAGACCCUUUUUGGUGUUCCAUUUUUCCAUCAUGGAACCUGAAAGCAAUAAUUUGUGCACACUCCAUAAAGCAGCAUGGUGUCUUCCAGUUUUUUGUGGUAAUAAUCUUUCUAGAUUUUUUCACGUGGAUGGUGGAUAACCUCAUGUCACCAUUGUAUCUGUAUAUAAAGUCUGCUGACGUUCUACAUGUAAAUGUAAUGGCUAAUUAUUGUCCCGUUCUGCACUAGUAGUUCUACUUCUUUUCUUGUAAUCUUUAAUAUUAAGAAAAGAAACUCUUAGAACAAACACACACCACACGGUGAUGGUGUUAUAUAACAUUUUGGUAGCUAUCAUGAGCGGAACUUAAGCAUGUCUGUAAUCUGAUACGUAGACCUGUGAUGCCCCAUUUGGAUGCAAUUUAGAGUUCUAUAAGAAUACUAUGGUUUUGUAAAAUACUUUGGUUUUGGAGCAUCAUGAAGUGUUUGGAUGGAACAAA